GUCAACAUUUUUAGGCAAUCCAUAUGACUUGUUUAGCACUGUACUGUGAUGAGUAUGUGUUGUUAGCGCCGUUAGUCUACACCUGCAGAGUAACAGGUAUACCUGUCUAUCAUGAUAAUGUUAUGACUGUCGAUGUAAGCUAGCUGUCAGACUUAAACGUUGCCACUUAGUCCAACUGUAACCGUCCUUGUUGUCGCGGCGGCGAUAACAUUAGCUUAACGUCUUAUCAUGUGGGUGUUCGGUUACGGGUCUCUGAUAUGGAAAGUCGACUUCCCUUACGAAGAAAAGAGAAUUGGCUACAUUAAAGGCUUCAGUCGCCGGUUUUGGCAGGGCAGCACGGACCACCGGGGAGUACCGGGUAAGCCUGGCCGGGUUGUGACACUGGUGGAGGAUCCUGAGGGGUGCGUUUGGGGCGUUGCCUACAAGCUGCCGACGGGCCGCGAGCAGGAAGUGAAGAGCUACCUCGACUACCGAGAAAAAGGUGGUUAUCAGGUCAUCACAGUGACCUUUCACCCCCGUCCGCCUCUCUCUCCCCCUCCCAACCAGACGCUGCUCUACAUCGGGUCUCAGGACAAUCCGGACUACCUCGGCCCCGCCCCUCUGGAGGAGAUAGCCAACCAGAUCAUCAGCUCUACCGGUCCAAGCGGGCGUAAUACGGAGUAUCUGUUUCAGCUCGCUGAUGCUGUGAGGACAAUUCUGCCUGAGGAUUCAGAUGCCCACCUGUUUUCUCUAGAAACUUUAGUGAGAGAAAGGCUACAGCGUGGGCUGAAACACUCGCACACUCAAACAGGUUGAUUGCGAUUAAAUAAAGAACAAGUCUUGAUCAAUACCAGGCUGGAUUUUGGCGAAUAAACUCAGGGUUUAAGAUACAUGUGGGGCCAGUCAGGAUAUUUGUGGGGUUCAGAGAAUAUGUUGACAGUCUGUUUUCAUUAGUGUCACACUGCAAAGAAAUGUCACCAUUUCAUCCAAUGCAGAAAACAUACACCACGCUGCAAAUAAUGUAGUAAUAAUAUGAACUGAAAGCUGCUAGUAAAUAGGACAAACGAAAAAACAUAAAAGGUACUGUAACUGGGAUCCAGAUUGCAUGUUAAAUAAUCACAAAUACACUGAAUAAACUUGUAGGGAUAAUCACUGUAUAAUAUUCACAGCACAAAUGAAGGAUGUCUUGAAUGAAUAAAUACUGUAUAUUCUGAGUAACCAUAGAGGAAUUCACA